GGUCAGCGGGACCCGCUGCUCCCCCAGCUUGGGGUCCACGCUAAGCACCUCUGAUUUAGUAAUUUCCCCUUUUCUCAGCCUGUGUUUUUCCUCAGCCGAGUGUUGAAGGAUGUAGGGUUUUACCUAGGGUCAAGAGGGACCAGUGCUUGAGGUAGGCUGGAAGCCGCGGGGACCCACGGGGAGGGUCGCUGGGGGCGACGCGCCUCACAUGGAGAGCACCCCUUUGGCAGGGCGAAAAUAAAAUAAACCCAUACACACCACCAUGUCGCCGCCUGCCAUGUUCUGGGCUAUGAUCCGUGCAGAAGAGAUGGGGUUUGGAGGAGGAGCUCCUGGCAGCGACACGGACUGGUUAUUUUAGACACAAAGUUGAGUACUGCGUGCAGUUCUACAUAGUUGGCUUCGUGCGGGGCAGCCACAUUACACUAGUGGUUUGCAGCCUUUAUGCCCCUUCCCUGUCGCUGCUUCUCUCCUCGAUUUGUGCUGCCUUUCUCUUUGCCCCAGUGUAAGCAAUUAGCCUUCUGCUUUUUUGCUUUCUCCCAUCCGUCUGUCUUCAGGCUGUUUCAGCUCGGUUUAGCUGUCUUUGCACACAGAAACCGUCGUGCAAAAGCUUUAUGUUUAGAGUGCCUUGCUUUUAAUGGUGGUGCAUCCACCAUAGUAAGGCAGGACUCAACCUGUGCAGAACUGUGGAGGAGAGUGUUUUCUUUGGGUACCUGGCUCAUUCCUUACCCAUAUUUGGGCAAAUCAGACAGUAGCCUAGUUCAUUACAAAAUCUUGAUUCGUUCCUCCCACUUGUAUCAUUUAAGAAAAAAUCAAUAUAGGGUAAUUCUACAUUUAACAGUACCAUUUUACUUGCAUUCUUUUGCCUGUUGAAGGGACACUUACAGUGUUUCCCUCUGACUUUUGAGCUCUGUGUUGCUCAGUCGCCAUUCAGUGUAGCUCCCAUCCUGGGGACACCUCAUAUGACCAGAAGCUGGCUCAAGCACUGAAUAUCUGAACCGGACAGAGCAGUGGAUGAGCACACAAUACCGUAGCCAAGAUUGCCAGGUUCCCCCAGCACACCUGUGCAUGGUACAUCCAUCCUAUCCUACAGUGAUGUGAACUGCUGAAGACGCUCAUGCUGGGAGCAUGAAGACUGCAUGCUCCCAGCGCUCCUCCUCUUGCAGACUUCCUGCAGCGGCACCUUGUUUCUGGCAUGCAGUAUAUAUGAUCAGGAAAAUCGGAUGUUUUUUCGGACGCAAAAUGAAGGUCAUCCAAAAUGGUUCGUUCUGGGUGUUGGACAAGUCAUAAAAGGGCUAGAUAUUGCUAUGAUGAAUAUGUGUCCUGGAGAAAAACGGAAAGUGAUCAUUCCUCCGUCAUUAGCAUAUGGACAGCAAGGAUACGCACAGGGUAAGAUUCCACCCAAUGCAACAUUGAUUUUUGAGAUUGAACUUUAUGCAGUAAAUAAGGGACCUCGCAGCGUUGAAGCAUUUAAUCAAAUAGACAAGGACAGUGACAAGAAACUCUCUGAACUUGAGAUAAGCCAGUAUUUGAAAGAAGAAUUUGCAAGAGAUGGCAAAAAACGUCAUCCCUCAGUCCAUGAUGAAAUCUUAGCUGAUAUAUUUAAGAAGAAUGACCACGAUGGAGACGGUUUCAUAUCAGCAAAGGAGUACAAUGUCUACCAGCAUGAUGAACUCUAAGUACUUAAAAAAUCUUUGCCUGUUUUCUGGACACUGAAUUUUAAAUAAUAAUACUUUGUCACAGAACUUUUUGUAUUUUUUUUAUAGUGGCAUCUUUUUAUAUGUGACUGUAAAAAUCUUAUUUUUAACAUUCAACUAAUAAAAUGUCUUAGAUAUUUCAGAAGAAAGAAAUAAAAUUGGAAAACACCGUGAUCUAUCA